CAGGUGUUCGGCGACGGGGACCAGGUGCGCAUGACCUCGGAGGGCUCCGACUGCCGCUGCAAAUGCAUCAUGCGGCCGCUGAGCAAGGACGCGUGCAGCCGGGUGCGCAGCGGGCGCGCGCGCGUCGAGGACUUCUACACGGUGGAGACGGUGAGCUCCGGCGCCGACUGCCGCUGCUCCUGCACCGCGCCGCCCUCCUCGCUCAACCCCUGCGAGAACGAGUGGAAGAUGGAGAAACUCAAGAAGCAGGCACCUGAGCUCCUCAAGCUGCAGUCCAUGGUGGACCUUCUGGAGGGCACCCUGUACAGUCUGGACCUGAUGAAGGUGCACGCCUACGUCCGCAAGGUGGCCUCCCAGAUGGACACGCUAGAAGAGAACAUCAAGGCCAACCUGAGCCGGGAGAACGAGGAGGUGCGGGAGAGCGUGCGGCACGUCAGUGAGCAGCUGCGGCGCUAUGAGAACCACUCGGCCAUCAUGACGGGCAUCCGGAAGGAGCUGGCCAGCCUGGGCCUCCAGCUGCUGCAGAAGGACGCUGCGGCCGUCCCCGCUGCCCCAGCUACCAUCCCCGGGAGCAUCUCUCAGGACACGGCCGGAGGGAAAAGCAAGGACGCCAGCAAAUACAGCAGCAUGCAGAAGAGCUUUGUGGACAAGGGCCCCCCAAAGCCCCCCAAGGAGAAGCCACUGAAGGUGGAGAAGGCCAGGAAGGAGAGCAGCAAGGGCAGACCCCCGCAGCCCACAGCCAAGCCCCGGGCCCUGGCGCAGCAGCAGGCUGUGAUCCGAGGCAUCACCUACUACAAGGCCGACCAGAAGGAGGCGACCGAGGCUGUGGCCGACAGCACCCUUGGGAGCACUUCCUGGCUGGAGCAGCAGCCGUCCAAAGGGGUCGGCAAGUCGUUGGAGCCAAGCUCGACAGAGCUCGAGGAGGCUGCACCCCACACCUCUGAGGGGACUCUCUUAGCCUCCAGCACCCCUGCCUCAGAGCCCCCCACAUCCCCCACGACCACCCCCACCACCAGUGUCCUGCCUACGGUUGCACCUUCGCCCUCAGAAGUGCCCAGCCAAGGCAGAGAGGCGAGCUGUGAAGGCACCCUCCGGGCCGUCGACCCGCCCGUGAAGCAACACAGCUACGGGCGCCACGAGGGAGCCUGGAUGAAGGACCCCACUGCUCGGGACGACAGGAUCUACGUCACCAACUACUACUAUGGCAACAGCCUGGUGGAGUUCCGCAACCUGGAGAACUUCAAACAAGGCCGCUGGAGUAACAUGUACAAGCUCCCCUACAACUGGAUCGGCACGGGCCACGUGGUGUACCGGGGCGCCUUCUACUACAACCGCGCCUUCACCAAGAACAUCAUCAAGUACGACCUGCGCCAGCGCUUCGUGGCCGCCUGGGCGCUGCUGCCCGACGUGGUGUACGAGGACACCACGCCCUGGAAGUGGCGCGGCCACUCGGACAUCGACUUCGCCGUGGACGAGAGCGGCCUGUGGGUCAUCUACCCGGCCGUGGACGACCGCGACGAGGCGCAGCCCGAGGUCAUCGUGCUGAGCCGCCUGGACCCCGGCGACCUGUCGGUGCAGCGCGAGACCACGUGGCGGACGCGGCUGCGGCGGAGCUCCUACGGGAACUGCUUCCUGGUGUGCGGCGUCCUCUACGCCGUGGACACGUACAACCAGCAGGACGGCCGCGUGGCCUACGCCUUCGACACGCACACGGGCGCCGAGGCGCGCCCGCAGCUGCCCUUCCGCAACGAGUACGCCUACACCACCCAGGUGGACUACAACCCCAAGGAGCGGGUGCUGUACGCCUGGGACAACGGCCACCAGCUCACCUACGCCCUCCACUUCGUGGUCUGAG